AUGCCCACCGAGUACGAGGAAAACGACGUCGAGAGCUCAGCCGCAGCCGCCAGCGCUGAUGUCGAGAUGGAGGGCGCCACGGCUGUCGCGGGCGACGAGACGGUCGUUGCCGAAGAAACUGUCGUUGCCGAGAAGGAUACCGCGCCAGAGCCACGCGCUACCUUUAUCAGCUACCUCGUGAGCCCUGUCGUCACCCUGUUGAUUGGCAGCAACGAUAGCGAGUCCAUCCUGACAGCGCACCAAGCCCUCCUCGUUCAGAGCCCCUUCUUCAAGGAAGCUUGCGCCCAGUUCAGCGAUGAUGGCAGUCCCCGGCAGGUCGAGCUGCUCAACGAAGACGUCGACGCCGUAGGCAACUUCCUCGAAUACCUCUACACAGGCGACUAUUACCCCCGGAAGAUCCCGGGUCAGCGCACCCUCGAGUUCGACCCCACGGCCCCCGAAGUCGACGACACGGGAGACCAGUUGCUCAAGCACGCGCGCGUGUACACCCUGGCCGAGAAGUUUGGCGUCGACGGCCUGCGCACCCUCGCCAGCUCCAAGAUUCACUGCGUCGACUCGACCGCCAAGGGCGAGAUCGCCUACGCCCGCUACGUCUACCAGUACACCGCCAAAGACGACACCACCAUCCGUGCGCCCGUCGCGAGCUUCUGGGCCGCUCGCUCCCACCCCUGCGCGCCGAGGCCGAGUCCGAGUUCAAGGCCCUCUGCCUCGAGUUCCCCCAGUUUGGCUAUCUCAGUGAGUGCUGCGUACACGAUGCUCUGCCCUUGCUGA